ACAAACAAACAAAGGAACAGUAAAUAAAAUCAGUAGUAAAAAUGUAAGUUUUGAAAUUUAAAAGUAAAACAGUGCAGAUUUGGUGCUUUAUUCAAAUGCAGCUGAGAACAGGUGAGUCUUCAACCUUCAACCUUGCAAUGACUUGAUAGUGCUAAUCGCUGCACCACCAUGAAGCCUUGUGCAGUCCUUAUGCAAAAUCAUAUAAGUAUACUUGGGCUGUAGAAACCGCAUCUUGUAUGUUAUUCUUGUGCUCAAACUCCAGUCAGGAAAAGUUACAGGCACACCCUGUCAACCCACACAAUUCCUGUCAUGUAUCAGAAUUGCACUCAUUUCUGUGUAUUUACAGCUACUCUAACAGCUUUGUGAAGAGAUUUCUUCACAUGCUGGUAGAGUUUGGUUGCAGUUAUUAAGUCAAAGAGGGGGUCGAGACAGGUUCUGAGUGCUACCUGAAAAACUCAGUGUACAUGUUUUGAGGCCUCGAAGGCAGUGCUUCCCCUGCCUCCUCAUUUGAUCCGUAGCAUUAAGCUGUUCCACCAUUACUCGUUGUGAGAUCAAUUCUUCCUGUAUAAAUGCAGUAACCACAAAUGUAACUGCCCCCAGUGUCCAAAUGUGCAACAACACAAAACAAAAACAAUAAAUGGCUCUUACACCCAUGGCUGCUAUAUUACGCUUUUUUGGUUUCAUGGUGGCCACGUUGUUAUCCUGUACAAGCCAGAACUGCUCUGACCACAUGAGUGCCGGGAAGCCACCCACUCCCGCUUCCCUUCAUGGAUCAACCACGUUCUGGCCAGCUGACUGUGCAGCAGAGAGCACCCCUAAAACUAUGAAGCGUUUCCCAGGAUCUGUAACUUAUUCAGCCAGCUAUUUUCAUACCCCAUUUAUUUCUGUUAUUUCCUUCCUCAUUGCCAUAACAGUGAUGUUGUUUUCUUCUUGCUCCAGGCAAUGAGCAUUGAAAGUUUAAAGUGGAUGUAAAAAAAAAGAGAGAGAGAGAGAGAAGCUAUGCGACCACAGAGUUUAUUCUCGUGCUCAAAAUAUUUCCACCCAUGGAAAGUCUGCUCAUCAUGAAACCAGUCUCUCCUUUACUCACAAAUGAAAUGUACGCCUGACUGUAUAAUAUUUUCUCUGCUAUAACAUUAUAUGUAAAACAAACAAAUAAAUAAAUAAACGUCUGUGCACACCCAGAUGAGUCUGCUCUUUUCCUGUGUUUCUAGUUAGAGGUGCUGUAUUCCAUCUGUAAAGCCCCUCUUAGAUGUAUGGAAUAAGCAUCCCGUCAUGAGCUCCCAUGUGACAUGACCUCCUUUAGGUGAGGUAUUUUGAGCCACUUUGGCUGUGCAGAUAAGCAGCAUUUGAUCUUAAGCCUGUUUCAAUAACAACCCCUGGCUGCAGAAUGUUCUGAGACUCCUCCUCUGUGAUGGAAAGUUGCUGUCACUGUUAACAGACGCAGAUUUCCAAUGUGUUUCUUUGAAACUGGUGUAUCAGUGUGAGGACGUGAGCUUCAUCUUCAACAUUUCCUGCUUGCCUGGUGGAGUAGUGGAGUUGCAUUAAGAACAUUUCCCCCGCAUACCAGGAGAACAAACAUUUGGAGGCAGAGAAACAUGAUUGCAGCUGCUCUGGUGAUGUGUGCUGUUGGGCUGUUCUGCUCUGAUGGUGUGGAGACUCAGGUCUGUGUAUCCAGUCAUGAGGCAGCAUGUUUGCUACCAGCUGAUUAUCUGAAUCGAUCUGGUCCCAUCAGCAAAGAGUUGGCUGUGGGUAAGAAACUCAUCAUCUCCCUGGAGGGCCUCUCUGGAUCUCCUGUCUGCCACUGGAUCAGAGGAAAAGACCGAGUAAUGACAGCCAGAAAUGUGAGUCAGUCCAUGGUCACACCACUGCUUUCUGAGACAGAUUCAGGGGGGUACACUCUGACCUGUGACUCCAACAAUGCCCCCAUGUUCUCCACGACUGUGAUUCUUCAUGUGGUAAUGAAACGUCCAACAAAACCACAGCUGAUGCUCGAUGGUGUUGACGUGUCAGAUACUUCCCCCCUUUUUAAGUGUGUCUCUGAGGGUUUCCCAAAUCCCACAAUUAAAUGGUCUGGGGACAGGGAUAGGGAUAAAACUUUUAAGGGAAGCGAUGGAAGGACAGAGAGCACAAUUUCAAGCACUCAAUAUUAUAAUACAGGAAUGAUGUGCUGUGCAACCAAUGCCAAAGGACAAGAGUGCUCCCAACUGUAUGACUACGACUUGAUGACCAAAGAUGAGGUGUCUACUGUCACCCUGAGCGAAGGUCAGUCUCUGCUGCUUCGCUGCAGAGUAAAAGGAUACAGUCUGAAAUCACCUGUGUGGGAGAAAGGAGGAAGACUGCUCGAUGCCAGGACAUUAGCAUGCAAACCAGAGAAGGAGGAGGAGAAGGAGGCGGAGAUGUGCAUUAAAAAUGACUCACAUUACGAUGUUCGGAUGGCCUACCUGUCCAUCAGAUCAGUGAGAGAGGAGCACAGCGGCAAUUACACCUGCACGAGUACAGAUAAAACCCCAAAGUCUAUUUAUGUUCAUGUCUCAGGGAGUCCACCUACUUAUAACAACUUGAUGCUGCUGAAAGUAAGCAGUUUGAUUCUCCUGCUGACUUGGCUAUAGUCAGUGAAGUGCUCAUGUUCCUCAUCAAAAAUUAGCUGUUAUAACACCAUAACCACCAGACCUUAAGCUACUGCAACAAUCCAAUGACCACUGUGGACAUUUGAGUGAAACAGAAAAUUAGACUGAUUACUGACACAUCUGAGUCAGAUAUUUGAGAAGGAUCUUCUGCAACCAUCAUGUACAGAGUGAUCACCUAUAUAACAUUUUAUCCAUACGACAUGUUACGCAAUAUUCUUUUCAUAAUAAUUUAGAGCACAAUGAACUUGUUUUACAUUUUAUUCAAAUGUAGUUUAAUUUCAUAGGUUGGAUAAAAAAAAUAAUUCAGCUUUACAAUAUCUGCAUAUGUUACGAAAUGUUUCUAUAUACAACUCAAACAAGUUGUGUUUUACUAUAACAUAAUCUGGCAACAUUUUUAUAAUCUGCAAAGUUUUAUAAUAUGCUAAUUUCCCUAAAAGAAUCUUAAUUAAAGUAUUUUAGAUCGGGCUGCAAAACAAUUUUCUACAAAAUAAGUGGCACUAGAUUUUAUCAGAUAAGAUAUUGUUACUAAAGAAAUUAUCUUUCUUGUUUUUAAACACCCAUCAAUGAUUGCAAGCAUUUUAUGUAUUUAUCUAUUUUGUAGAUUCUUAUUUUUAUAGACUUUAUAUGCUGUUGCAUUUUUAUUCUGUACUGUAUUCUGGCAUAUGUCUGUAUUAUACAUACAUUAUGCAGUAAAAGUUGCUUUACUCAUUCAUAAUAAAACUGAU